GUUAUGUCUUACCUCUUGAAUUUGUGCUUGCUAGCAGAUUCUAAGGUGGCCCUUUGUGCUAUCUUCGAGGAAAUAGGAUGGAUAUAAUGCAUAUGGCUCAAAUCAGAAUUUAUUCCAAAUUGUUGCACCAUUGGCUUUUCUGGGCAGCUAUCCCAUGUUUUUAUAUGUGGUCCUAAUUAUUACUUGUAGAGUAAUUGCAACUUAGAUUAUAUUUUGCCUCCUAGUUUUAUAUAAGGAACCAUAAAAACUAUAUAUAAUCAUAGGGUGGCAUCCUCUUCUCUUCCAAAUAAAUCGUAGAUAAGAGGUUCUGGGUUGGAAGGAAAGGGAUCUACCCAGCAGCAAGUGAUCAGCUGUAAUACCGUAUUUACUCAAAUCUAAUGCUCACCUUUGUUGGCCAAAUUACAUUGUGACGAUUAAGGCGCACCUGGAUAGAUUGUAUCUCUGCUUUGUUACUGAAAUAAUAAACCAUGCAUGGUUGUAGAGAGAGCAAAAAGUUUACUUGCUCUUCAUAUAAAACUUCUCCUUGAAACAUAUCUGAGAUGAAGGAAAAAACCCUGCACAGUUGUGCUAUGUUUCCCUUCUGGCCCUGAAAUCAUUACUGGUAAUCUGAAAUGCUACAAUAAAAAUGAGUCACAGCCUAGGUUUCCCAAGUUCCCAAGUUCCUUUCCAUUCUUUCCAUUCUUUCCAUUCUUGUUGUGAUAGUAGCCACAGGUUCAGGUGAGUUCAGGUGAGACUUGAAUGUUUUAUUGUGAUAGACUGUAUUAUACUAAGUCCUCAAUCCUAAACAGUGGGUAAAGCAAAUUGAGCUUAACAGGGCUUACUUCUCUGUAAACAUGAUUAGGAUUGCUGUGUAAAUGUUAAAUAAAAAAAAUUCCUUCAGUAGCACCUUAAAGACCAACUAAGUUUUUAUUUUGGUAUGAGCUUUCAUGUGCAUGCACACUUCUUCAGAUAAAUGUUAUUAGAGUAUUUAUAGUGUUCUACCCAGAGCGGUUUAUUUCCCCCUUAAUAAGGGAAGUCAUAACCUACAGCCCAAUGAAACUUGAUUGCUAUUAAUUUUACCCUUUUAUUUUGAGUAGGCAUCUACAGUCAUACCUCGUGUUGCGUACUGCUCUUGUUACAAACUUUCAGCUUACGUACGCAACAAACCCGGAAGUGUUUACUUCCAGGUUCGCUGCAAGCGCAGAAGCCCUCAAUUGCGCAGUGCACAUGCGCAGAAGAGGGACUCUAGUUGUGGACUUUUUGGGGUGCGUAUGGCAUCCCGAAACGGAUUAACUCCGCAAUUAGAGGUACCACUGUACAAACAAGCAAAAGCAUCUAUCUCGUAUGCCUUUCUCUAUUCCUGUUUCCACUUCGGAGUGUAAAAUAGCAGGAGUGCUUUGUUCCCAAGUCAUCAGCUGUAGAAGAGUGUGUACAGUAUGAUACCAGUUGAAAUGCCCUGAUUGUAUACUAUACAUAGUUAGCAUAGAAUUUUUUUUAAUGUUAAUUUUACAUAAUGGAAUUGGGUGUAAACUUUCCAAGAAUCUAAUACGGUAUGCUGAGCUCCAAAGUUCAUUAAAGCUUAGUAAACAAUGAUGGGGAGAAAAACCCUUGCUUAAUUAUUAUUGUGGCUUGGCUUGUAUUGGAAAGCAAAGAGAGACAAGAACUAUGUUGGCCUUGGUUACAGAGAGCCACUGUUCUUUGACAGGCUUGUAGGCUUUGGCAGCCAUGGAAAUAGUGAACAGCUGCUCCAAGUAGAUUGAAAAGGAUUUGCAUUUCAAUUAUCUCACCAUGUGAUUUUUACCUAUUCUGGGAGGCAACAGUGAGUGUGAUAGAAAAACCGGAAGAUUUUUCGGAGCAGAAAGAAGUAGAUUAUUUGGUAAUUAAAAGUCACUGAGUUUUAGUUUACAAUAUCUUAAGAUGGAAUACACUUAAAGGUGAGUUACUAGUCUUUUAUCUACAAGAUAGAAUAACAUUGAAAACAUUUCUUUUUCUUUUUUUGUUUUCAGGGCUGUAUUCUUAAGUUUGUUGUUAAUGUAUAGUGGAUGUCUAAAAGUGGGAUUUUGUGUUCCUGCUCCAGCCCCCCCCCAAAAAAAACAAAAUACGGUAAAUAAAUACAUGCAAUUCAUGCUGUUAAUUGAGUUUUAAAAAUCCACCACAAAGCUCUUGGUUUUGUAUUGUAUUGAUACUAGAUUUCUUCUUUGGUGACACUUCAUGAUUAUCAAGCAAAAAUAUUACUCAGUUUCUACUUUGAAAAUGCACAGGAGUUGCUGAAAGCCCAAAAUGGAGAUUAUCAUGGAGAUUACAAUGCAGACGGAAGCUACCUAGCCUAAUCAGGUUGAAGUGGAUAAAGACGCUUAUUGUCACUGUGACUGUUACAGUGUGAGUUUUAAUGAAAAUGGAACCGGAUAAAGAAACAAUUUCACGUCUCCGACGUCAGCUGAAAGAAGCCGAGGAGGAAAGAAGAAAGGCAGCACAAUAUGGUUUAGAUCUGGUGGAGAGCGAAAGCUUGUUACAGAAUCAGCUAGAUAAAUUGCAGAGUGAAAUAGCCACCAUAACGGAGAAUUUUGAACAAGAAAAAUAUACUCUCCUGAGAGAAGUAGAACUAAAGAACAGAAUGCUAGAAAGUAUGAACCUUGAAUGUGAAACACUUAAGCAACACCAAAAUGUACAAUUAGAAACACAACGUGAACAACUAGUAAGAAUGCAUGGACAAGAAACAAAUGAACUUAAGAAUAAGAUGGAAAAACUGAAAUCUGAGCUAGAUGAAACCCUUCUUAGCGAGAAACAGUUGAAACACAAAGUGGACCAUCUGAAGGAGGUCCUUGCUUCUAAAACAGAAGAACUGCGCAUGAUGUCAGAGCGUGUGCAUGAAACCAUGUCUUCAGAAGUGCUCAAUCUUCAACUUGAGGUGGUGGCAUUUGAACAGGCAAAGGCAGACCUUGAGGACAGAUUACAUGAGCUUCAGUACAGCAAGGAGCAACUAGAACUUGGAAACAGCAAUCUGACUAAUCGACUGGCACGUCUCGAAGAGGAGAGAGAAGACAGAGAAAAAGAUAUUGUUUCAUACUGUAAUGCGUUAGAGAAAGCUCAUGAAGUAAAUAGAGACCUUCAGCUUCAGCUUGACCAUGCACGGCAAGAAGCCCUGGAUCCUUCCAGUAAAGGCAAUUCCUUAUUCGCUGAGGUAGAGGACCGUAGAGCAGAAAUGGAGCGUCAGUUGAUCAGUAUGAAAGUAAAAUAUCAGUUGCUACAAAAUCAGUAUUCUUUCACUAGAGAACAGCAGCAAAGACUGAAGCUACAGAUGGCUACUCUUCUACGGAUGAAAGGUUCACAAGGGGAGCAUGAUCAGCUGGAACGUUUGCAAAGCAUGCUUCAACAAAAGAAUGGUGAAAUAGAAGAACUUCUAAUGAAAGUGAAGCAACUGGAAAAGCCCAUGAAGCCUGAAAAUUCAAAAGCUCUGAAACUUUCAAGCACUUCAGAAUAUGCAGAAUCUGAAGAUGGAUAUUACACCGAUUUGCUUCAGAUGAAACUUGAGAAUUCAGAAAAAGAGAUAGAAAAUUUGAAAAGUGAAUUGUCGCUACAGCGGAUGAAGGCUCUGUUUGAGAGUCAACGUGUCUUGGAAAUGGAACGGAAGCUCUUUGCAAAGGAAAGACAACUUGAGGCUUCUCAAAGUGAGAGCAUAAAUUUGCGCGUGCUGCUGGAUGAAAUGAGAAUAAAGUAUCAACCUGAAGAGUUAAUGAGAGAUUCGCUCAAUCGCAAGAAGGCUCCAGGCGAUGUGAUUUCAUACAACUUAAGUAGCAGAGGGUCUUCUGAGUGUGAAACCUCUUGUAUGCUAUCUCAGAAAAAGGAAGAGACAAAACUAAGUGAGGAUGCUACGAAAACCACACUUCAGGCUGUAUUAGUGAACAAAGAUCCCCUUUCCGCAAUGGAACAGAGAAGUGAUCAACCUGAAAAGAAGAAGGUUAAAAUAAAAGAGGAAGAACUGGACAGGACAGCUAUAAAUAUGAAAGAUAAGAAUGAAAUUGGACCCUCCCCCUCUACCAGGUCAGUGUCUUCUAAUAUGUAUGAGCAAGGCAAUCAGCACAGACCUGCAUCACUUUUUUUCCGCUGCAUGAACUAUGCUAUCCAUUUCUUCAUUUACUUUCUCAGUGUUGCAUGCAGUGUCGUUCCUCAGUUCCAGCUACCUAGUUUGAAAUUUUCAAAACUGUUUAAAAAGAUCAAAAUUACAGAGAAUCAAAAGGACUCUUAAAUCAUGGACUGAUUUAAAGCUGAAAUGUUCUUUCACUUUGAAAAAUCACUGCAAUAAUCUCGUGCUUGCACUAUAUUUUCCCUCUGCAUUGGCAGUUGUGUAAUUCACACUAUUGUACUUCCCAGCUUAUUUUUCAAUUUGCAUACGAUCUCUGCAAAAAAUUGCAGAAUUAACUUCAUGAUGAAAAUGCCCGAGAAACCAUUGUUAUCUUUCAGAAUAAACUUUAAACUUAAAGCCCCAAUGUUUUUAAUAAGCGGAUAUAGAAAUUUAGUGUUGAAAUGGGUGGGGAAAGUAGAUUUUUCUUAUAUGGAAGGCCAUUAUAUGGAUAUUAAACUCCUAGGAGUUUUUUUAAUUUUUGUGUUAAUGUAAUUACAGAUUAUAUUUUGCUCUGGUGUUUCUUCACCCCCCCCCCCGCCCCCAAAGUUGUAUUUUCUAAUUGGUAUAUAUUUUUGUUUUUUUUGCUCUUGGGAGGAUUAGCAGUGAAGGUUUUGACUUGUCCAGAUACACUACGUAACUUGUCUCAGACAUUCAAGUACCUUGGUUGUUGAACAGCUUGGCUCCCGAACAAAUCGGCUUCCGAACGCCGCAAACCCGGAAGUAAGUGUUCCGGUUUGCAAACUUUUUUGGGAAGCUGAACAUCUGACACAGCUUCCAAUUGAGUGCAGGAAGUUCCUGCAGCCAAUUGGAAGCCACACCUUGGUUUUCGAACUGUUCCAGGAGUCGAACGGACUCCCGGAACAGAUUAAGUUCAACAACCAAGGUACCACUGUACAAGACUGCUUAGACCAGGGGUGACUUUUAUAGCCAGAGAGCUGCAUUGAGGAUUGGCCAAGCCUACAAGGGUUGUAUGUCAUCCAACGAUAGGUAUGGCCAGUGUAUAUUUACACUUGUGUGCAUACAGCAUGCACACACUCACCACCCCAGUGCGCCUUUCUACCCCAGUGCUCCAAUGGGGGUGGAAGCCCAGAAUUGAGCAUCUUUUUUCAUUUUUGAAAAGUGGCGUUUCUCCUUCUGGUUUGGUGCCAUUGUAAGAAGGUCCUAGGAGCCCGGGAAACCAGGAAGGAGCUCUCUUCCCACUUUACUGCACAUCACUUCAGGCACCAUGCCAGAAGAAGAAGAGACAUUUUUCAAAGGCAAAAGAUGGCUCCGGAUUUUGGAGGAUAGUGGCAGGCCAAUAAAAAUGGUUUCGCAUUCUAGGACUGGCCUGCAGGCUAUAGCUUUGCCAUCCCUGGCAUAGACAGGUUCAGGAUUUUUUAAAUUGCUAGGUAACAUUUGCUUGGAUAGCUGUGAUCAGUGGUUGUAGUAAUCGGCGGUUGUUGUUGCUGUUGUUUUUUAAUUGACUUAACAGUAUGAUCCAUGCAUUUCUACUCAGAAGUAAGUCAUACUGACUUCAGUGGGACUUAUUCCCAAGUAAGUGUGAAUAGUAUUGCACAAAUCUUACACAAACAAUCCUGUAAAACCAAGUUGUUACAUGCUUAUAUUAUCCAGCAUAGUAAUUUAGAAAAAGGGAAAGAAACAGUUUAAUAUUAGUGACUUGAUAGAAGUGUGUGUGUGUGUGUAUUUGUAGAAAGUGAGGUGGUUAGGUGGAAGCUAGAAAUGAGACUGUCUAAUAGGAUUAAUAGAAGAAUAUUAGGGCAUUGGUGCUCUCUAGGUGGUUACAUUUACUAUGUAAGUGGCGGUGUAGGGGGGAACACUGGUGAGGCUUUUUGUCUUGUGUAUUUGACAUGGUAUGUGUUAUUUGAUCUUGUGCACUUGUGAAUUAUUAUGCUCUCUUGGAGACUACAUACACUACUUUAGAAUUCUUUUCCAGGGGUAAGGCAAAAAAUCCAGGUAAGGCAAAAAAUGUUAGACAUAUAGCCAGGCUUGGAAUGGAAUAAAGAAUUGCAGUGCUGAGGUUAAUGCACAAUUGGUCCCAUUGCAUGGGGCAUUAUUGCACUGGGAAGUACAGUCAGAAGCAAGAAUUCCAUGACUUAAAUUACAUGUGCAAAUAGCUGAUUGACGUGGGCAGGUAGUACUAGAAAAAUAAUCCUUAGUGUUGGCAUUUUUGUUCAGAUUUCUACCUUCCCCCCCCCCCAAAAAAAACCUAGGGUGGUGGUAUAAUAAUAAU